AGGGCUGUCUCCUCCUACCGCAGCAGCAAAACGUUCAGUUGUCUCCUCCUGCUGCUUCCCGCUCUUGGUGGCCUUUCUCCUCAGCAGCAGCAGCAGCAGAUAGCAGCAGCAGCAACGGGGGUUCAUCACCAACUUCUGCUGCUGCUGCUGCUGCCGCUGUCUUUGGGGGCCCUGCUACGCUGCUGCGACCCUUCAGGCUGCUGCUGUCUCCUUCACGACGUUUUAUAUUUAUGAUAGAUAAAUGCGAGUGCUUUGCUUAUGAUUGUGAUGGUGGUAAGGCAUACCGUUUGUUUAAGUCUUCUGCUGCUGCUGCUGCAGCAGCAGCAGCAGCAGCUGCUGCUGCUGCUGGGGCAGCAGCGGGGGGAAGAAGAGGCCCUGCUGCUGCUGCUGCAGCAGCAGCAGCAGCAACAGCACCCCUGUCACUCCCCUAUGAAGUAGGGCGCUCAUCUUUGCUUGCUGCGGACUCUGCUGCUGUCUAUUCAGCAGCAGUUUACUUCCUCCUGGAUAUCGCACCCAGCAGCAGCAGCAGCAGCAGCAGCAGGAGCAGCAGCAGCAGCAGGAGCAGCAACAGGUUCUACCUUUGCGAGACGUGUGCCGCAUACAACGACAACAACGAUAACCGCCACCACCACCACCACCACCACAGCAGCAGCAGCAGCAGCAGCAGCAGCAGCAGGAUGCCUCGGGGUUUGAAGGAUUUAUGCUUUCCUCUUCGUGUGCUGCGAGUGCAGCAUGCUGCUCUGUUUGUUUGUCCUUUCAUAGCUACUAUUGACUUCUCUGUUUUAUCUUUGCUGCUACCAUCAGCACUUGCUUCUUUUUCUGAUAGGGGGAGCUGCUGCAGCGACGUAGAUGCAGCAGCAGCAGCAGCAGCAGCAGGAGCUGCAGGAGCAGCAGCAGCAGCAGGAACAGGAGCUGCAGGAACAGGAGCUGCAGGAACAGCAGCAGCAGCAGCAGCAGGAGAAGCUGAAGCAGCAGAGUUGCUGCUGAGGAGACAACUGUCUCUAUCUCUUCCUGCUGCACGAGAAGAAGGAGACAGCCCAGUUGAGGUGUAUAUAGAGCUCCUUCGAGUAGAAGCUGCUGCUGCACAUGUCUCUGUUUAUCGUUUGUUUAGGGUUUUAUCUGUUGAUGAUGCUGCUUUCUCCUUUACCCCUUUCUUGCUGCAAGAUAAGCUCUUGCUGCUGCAGGAUCUCGCGCUGCUGCUGCUGCAGCACUAUCAGCAGCAGCUGCAGCAGCAGUGGCUUAAAAUGCUUCUCUCUGUUGAUAUUGUGGGGCGACCAAUAUCAAGAAUAAGACAGUGCUGGAAUGCGGCAUGCAGGUGGUUGCUGCGAUCAGCUCCUGUAGAUGCUGCUGCUUCUUUUGCUGCUUUAGAUUUGCUGCUGCUGCCAUGGAGCUCAGUCUCGCUGCAGCAUCUGCUGCUGCUGCUGAUUAGAACAGCAGCAUUUAAUUUAAGCUGUCUCCCUUUGAGCUUCACCCCCCAAGGAGGUUUAACGCUGCCCCGUCUCCUUCCGUCUCCUUUGCUGCCAGAGCUGCAGGGGCCUCUACAUAUUACUAAUGCUUUCCACUCAAACCAGCAGCAGCAGCAGCAGCAGCAGCAACAGCAGCAGCAACAGCAGCAGCAGCAGCAGCAGAGGAGAAGGAGGAGACAAAGGGCACAAGACGGACGAGAGAGAGAAGACGCACAGCGAUUCAUUGCUAUUAAAGAAAUGCAGCAGCAGCAGCAGCAGCAGAAGCUGCAGCAGCAGCAGCAGCAGCAGAAGCUGCAGCAGCAGCAGAAGCUGCAGCAGCAUCAGCAGCAGCAGCAGCAGCAGAUGGGUCUGCUGUCUAUUAGGUCUCCUUCUUCGCCAGUCUUCUACAGCAAUCCCUGUUGUGUUGCUGCUGCUGAUGCUGCUUCUCUUCUCUGCGGCAGCAGCACACAACCCCUGGCUGCAAGCAGUGCCCCCAGUGUCUCCUCCAUGAUGCAGCAGCAGCAGCAAAGUCAGCAGCAGCAGCAGCAGCAUCAGCAGCGGCACCAGCAACAGCAGCAGCAGCAGCGGCAGCAGCAGCAGCAGCAGCAAGAGGAAGAAGAACUGUCUCCUUUUCUGCUGCUCAGGGGUCGCCCCCACGACUCUGCAAGCAGCGCCAAUUUGUCUGUCUCCUCUUCUGCUGCAUCUGAUGCUACUGCUGCUGCUGCUGCUGCUGCUACUGCUGCUGCUGCUGCCUCCUCUCCCCCCACUAACCCACUGCCCCCUCAGAUAACGCCCCUAGACGACAGCCCUCCAGCAGCAGCAGCAGCAGCAGGAGCAGUAGAAGCAGCACCACCAGGAGCAGCAGCAUCAUCACCAGGGGCAGCAGCAGCAACACCGGGAGCAGCAGCAGCAUCACCCGAAGCAACCCCAGCAGCAGCAGAAGCAACACCAGCAGCAGCAGCAGCAGCAGCAGCAGCAGCAGCAGCAGCAGCAGCAGAGGUGUGCGCAGACAGCGGGUCUGAGGGUUUUUCUUCGCCAACCGCGAGAUGCGAUGAUAUCGUCUCUCUUCCUGUAUACCCUGUAGCAGCACAACUUCCUGAUGAUUUGUUCUCUUAA